CAGGACAGUUGUGCUGUGUCUUACUCGAUCUUUUACUUUAUCUUAGUAACGCCAGCUCGACACAGCUGCAACAUUUUGAACGUAAAACAGAAGCCAUAUAAAUACCUGAAAUAUUCUUUCCGAGGCGAGUUUGGCAUAACAUGGCCUCUGAUUUGUUCAUCGAUCAAACAAAUUUUGCUAAGUGCGGCGGUGCAGCAUGUGAAGGAGAUGCCUUCCUGGAAAGGCAUUUUCCGUUAGCAGCUGUACAAACUGGAGGAAAGAAAAUGCGUCUUACUACAGCCUUGUGGAGCAGUGGAUAAAACGUGGAUCUUUCGACUGCACAUGUCAUGCAACGGCGAAUAAUUUGCACGGUCUUGGUGAUGGCGUUUGGUGUCACGGCAGCGUCUGAUUACCACCUUGUUAUUCUGCAUCAGAAUGACCUGCAUUCGCGUUACGGAUUAGUCGACCAGUGGGGUAGUCCGUGUCGAGAAAUGGCAUACCAGAUUGAUCAGAAUGUUACAUGUUUUGGAGGAUUCGCCCAAACUGUGGCGUACAUAGAAAGCAUCAGAGGUGAUCCUUAUAACCCCAACACUCUUGUGAUGAACGCCGGAGAUUUUUUCCAGGGUGAUGCCAUGCAUAUGCUUUUUAAAUGGGAAGUGGCCGCAGCUAUGGCAAAACAUAUUCCGUUCAACGCCAUGGCGAUCGGAGACAAGGACUUCAACGAGGGUAUUGACGGACUGCUCCCAUUCAUGAGAGUGAUGGGUCCGAAUGUCUUCAUUUGUACGAAUAUGGAUUUCAGCGCUCUCAAUGAGACGUUGAGAAAAGAGUUAGAAGAGACGUGCCCACGUCACAGAAUUAUCACCGUUGGCCAGAAAAAGAUCGGCGUUCUUGGCUAUCUACUUCCAGACGCUCAAAUCAACUCGCAUACGGGCGACAUCAUCUUUGAGGACGAGAUAAGGGCACUCACGCGAGAGGUAAAAGUGCUCAGGAAAAAAGGCGUCAAGAUAUUGAUCGCGCUUGGCCAUUCGGGCUACGAGCGUGACAGGGAGAUUGCUCGCCGCGUGCCCAGUCUGGACGUGAUUGUUGGAGGUCACUCACAUAGUCUUCUGUGGCCGGACUUCUUUUCAGAGACGGAAGCUGGCAUGCCUCCUGAUGCUCAAGACGUGCAGUUUCUCACCGGUCCGUAUCCUACCGUGGUGAUGCAGCCUAGCGGGCGCCGUGUCCUCGUUGUACAUGCCUAUAAGGUCGGCAGUUCAGAUUAAAACGAAA